AGAAGGAGAGGGGAGUGGAGGGGAGGAGAGCUGCCCUGCUUCUCUGACAGUGGUGCUUCCAAAAAGCAGAGGCUCAGGCUGCUGCCGUCUUGCCUGGCGAGGCUCUAGUGAGAGAGGAGGGGGUGCGGGAGGAUUCCCAGACCGAGGGGUGGGAGUGGAGCGGGCCCGGCGGCUCAGAGGUGGCUCUCCGGCAAGAGCGAGCCGGCAGGCAGAUGGCAGAAGAAUCGGCAGUGCGCCAGAAGGAGGUGCGGGGAAGCUGAAACUGAGGUGGCCGAGGCCGGGGAGCCAAGAAGGGGAAGAGGCUCCAUCCUUGGUCCCUCGGGUCCACCCUAUCCGGCGGGCACCUGUCACCAGCGGGCACCGCUCAGUGGCGAGCAGGGGGCUCUUGGAUUGCAGCAUGCCCAAGGGCCAGGAAAGGGACUACUAACUCAGCCUCGUCCCCCGGACGCAUCAUCCGCGGGAAGAGCCGGAGCCAUCCUCGGGCCUCUUCCGUCCGUUCACGCCUCCAGAUGGGAAAGGAUCGGAGUUUUUCCCGGCACUUUCGGAUCUUCAUCCCCAAGAAGCACCGGCAGCGCUUCGACGAGGUGGUGUCUCAGAGCCUGAUCAGUAAGAUCUGCCGGAGCAAGAGCGAGCAGCAUGCCAACAGGCUGAGGCGCAGCCGCAGCGAGGACCACCACGAGCGGCUGCUGGUGUCCACCCGGGCCAGCUCCAUACCCCGGAGCCAGGAGGAGGUGGGCAAGGGCCUGAGGAAGACCACGUCUCUGAUCGCCGGCAGUGUGAGCUCGGGGGCUGCCCGCAGAACCGUUAGAGUCUACAAAGGCAACAAGAGCUUCGGCUUCACCCUCCGAGGGCAUGCCCCCGUGUGGAUUGAGUCCGUCCUGCCCGGCAGCCCGGCCGAAAAUGCUUCCCUCAAGUCAGGGGACCGCAUCCUGUUCCUCAAUGGGCUGGACAUGAGGAACUGUUCCCAUGACAAGGUGGUGUCCAUGCUGCAGGGCAGUGGGGCGAUGCCCACACUGGUGGUAGAAGAAGGGGUGGUUCCUUUCCCUACUGGUAAGACUCCACAAGACUCACCGAACCCCUCGUCGGCCUUGACCUCCCUUCAGUGGGUGGUGGCGGAGAUCUUGCCCCUCCAUGCAUCAAGAUCAGGGCAGGACUUUCAAUCAACAGCUGAGCAUCUGCUGACACCUCCGGAGCGCUACACCAUCUGCAAGGCCCUGGAAUGCUUCUUCCAACACAGGAACAUCGACACCCUCAUCGUGGACGUCUACCCCGUGCUGGACACCCCCGCCAAGCAGGUCAUUUGGCAGUUCAUCUACCAGCUGCUGACAUACGAGGAGCAGGAGCACUGCCAACAGAAGAUUGCGCGGUUUCUCGGCUACAAGUCCGUGGCAGCUGCCCCAGAGCCCGAGCCAGAGGAGCGGCCUCGGAGUUCAGUCCGGGGGGGUGCCGGGUGCCGGGUGAGUGUGAGGACCCGGGCAGCGGAGGAGAGCAGCCUCGGAGCAGGUCUCAGCGAGGUGGGGGAGCUACCGAUCCAGUUGACGCCCGGGGAACGCCAGGCAGGCGAUGGCACAUCGCUUCCCGAAACUCCCAAUCCCAAAAUGAUGUCGGCCGUCUAUGCCGAACUGGAAACCCGGCUGAUCAGCAGCUUUGCCGGAAAGAAGGCGAGCACAACCAAGCCCAGAGCCUCCCCGCCUGUAUCUGACCAACCGGGUGCUACAGGGUCUCGGAAGUCAGGGAUGAGCAUCUCGUGGCAGGGCGAGUCUGCCCCGUCUCAGUCCUGCUACUUCCACCCGCCCGCCGGGAGCCUCCCGUCCCCGUCCAGCACCGAGUCCAACCCGUACGUCAGCCUGGACAGCAGCCCCACGCCCUCCCCCCUCCACGCCGACUACGCCGGCAGCCCCCCGGCCCGCCGCAAGAAGCUCUUCACCUUCUCCCGGCCUCCCCGCAGCCGUGACACGGACCGCUUCCUGGAUGCCCUGAGCGAGCAGCUGGGCCACCGUGUCACCAUCGUGGACGACUUCCUCACCCCCGAGAACGACUACGAGGAGAUGAGUUUCCAUGACGACCAGGGCAGCUUCGUCACCAACGACAUGAGCAGCGUCAGCGAGUACGUCAGCAGCAGCGAUGACGGCAGCUCCCUGACCUACUCGUCCGUCUCGGACCACAUCCCCCCACCCCCGCUCAGCCCGCCCCCGCCCCCACCCCCGCUCCAGUUCCACGACCCCAAGCCAGCAGCCCGGAACCCGGACGCCCCACGGAACGCCCCCUCGCCUCUCCCCAAGCCUCUUGGGGCUCACCCCCACCCGGUCCCACCUCCACCCCCACCCCCUCCUCCCCCGCCGGUCCCCUGCGCACCCCCACUCCUGCAUCGGGGCCUGGUGCAUCGCCGAAGCGAGUCCAACCACAUGAGCGUCAAACGGCUGCGUUGGGAGCAAGUGGAGAACUCCGAAGGAACCAUCUGGGGCCAGCUCGGAGAAGAUUCGGACUAUGACAAGCUGAGCGAUAUGGUCAAGUACCUCGACUUGGAACUCCACUUUGGGACUCAGAAACCUGCUAAGCCAGCUCCCUUACCCGCUGAACCUUUUAAAAAGAAAGACGUGGUGGAGAUCUUGUCCCACAAAAAAGCCUACAACACGUCCAUCCUGAUCGCCCACCUGAAGCUCUCGCACCUGGAGCUGCGUCAGAUCCUCAUGACCAUGGAGAGCCAGCGCCUGGAGCCCUCGCACAUCAAACAGCUGCUGCUCUACGCGCCUGACGCCGAGGAGGUCAAGCAGUUCCAGAGCUACAAGGAUGCCCCCAGCAGGCUGAGCGAGCCCGACCAGUUCAUGCUGCAGAUGCUCUCCGUCCCAGAAUAUCAAACACGGCUCCGCAGUCUCCACUUCAAGACCACCCUGCAGGAGAAGACGGACGAGAUCAAGGGCAGCUACGAGUGUGUGCACAAGGCCUCCUUAGAGCUGAAGAACAGCAAGAAACUUGCCAAGAUCUUAGAGUUUGUGUUGGCAAUGGGCAACUAUCUCAACAAUGGGCAGCCCAAGACUGGCAAAACCACGGGCUUCAAGAUCAACUUCCUGACGGAGCUGAACUCAACAAAGACUGUAGAUGGAAAAUCUACCUUUCUGCAUAUUCUUGCCAAAUCGCUGAGCCAACACUUUCCCGAACUCCUGGGGUUUGCCAAGGACCUCCCCACCGUGCCCCUUGCUGCCAAAGUGAAUCAGAGAACAUUAACGGCUGACCUGAACGAUCUUCACCUCACCAUCAGCGACAUCCAGGCCGCCUGUCAGAACAUGCCCGCCACCAACGAUGACAGGUUUGCCAUAGUCAUGAACUCCUUUCUGGAGACAGCUCGACCAGCUCUGCAAGCCCUGGACACCCUCCAGCACGAGGCAAUGGAGGAAUUCAGCAAGGUGCUGUCCUUCUUUGGGGAAGACGCCAAAGCCACCACUUCGGAAGCCUUCUUCGGCAUCUUCGCGGAGUUCAUGAGCAAGUUUGAGCGGGCGUUCAGCGACGUGCAGGUCUGCGAGAGCCAGCGCAGCCCCAGGAUGGCCUCUCCGCUGGCAUGGUGAUUGGCGAUCGACGCGGCGGACACGAGGGACGCAGGCGACGCCUCAGACGUGGCCGACCGAGCGCAUAAUGGGCCCUACCGCUCUGGAGUUUUCCUGCUGCCGCUGUCAUCCAUUCACCGCUCAGAAAACGGACCUCGAGAGAAGGGGUUUGGUUCUCGGGUUUGGGGGAAACAGCUGGAGGGGGAGGGCCCGGGGCUCAAAGGACGAGAGCAGCAGCAACCGCGGACCCCGCAGCCACAGCGGGCCCGAGAUGACAAAAC